ACUUUUUUUGUUCAAGCGUGGCCAGUUUAAAAGAUAGUGUAAGUACACGACACACUUAUUAGCGGAUACAAACAUUCGCUUUGCGGAGUUCGUUGAUGACAGACUUUAAACUCGCCGAUCGGCACCACGAGUCACUAGGGAAUCUUGGAACUCGGGUGGCCAGUAAUGACAACAAUCGACCGUGUUACAGUUCUUAAAGAUGUCAUUGCAUAUGUGGAUGUGUGGUCAUCUGACAAGAGAGCCAACUAUUCGAAACCUUUCAUUCAGCAGCUACUGGAAAUGGGCGCUCAGGUGUCAAAAACAUUCAAUAAACGAGUCACCCAUGUCGUCUUUAAGAACGGUCAUCCUGCUGCAUGGAUAAAAGCCAAGAAGAGCCAAGUGAAGCUUGUCUCUGUACUUUGGAUAGGCAGGUGUUAUGAAGACGGAGUGCAUGUGGAUGAAGAGUUGUAUCCAGCCUCAAAUGAUGAAAGUAAUCCUGUGUUAAAGAACAGGAGACAUCGUUGCAUGCAGCCCAGAGAAUCUCCAGAGAGGACCCCAGAAAAUGACAGACGCAUGAGAAGGAAGUUAGAUAAGAUGAUGAAGGCCAUGGCUCCCACGCAACAAUUGGUCACAGAUGUGUCGCCUAUCAUUAUUGAUGAAGACAAUGGAAUUGUGUACAGUCCAUCGUUUAAAAGGGCAGAUUACAUGGCGGAGCGAUUGAAACAUAUGAAAGAGAAACAUGAAAAUAUUUCUCCCACAGCCUCACAAAUAAUUGAAUCCUCUUCAUCCUCUGGGCCGAAACCCUCGCUUGGGAACUCGCCAACUGUCUUCAGAUUUUUAUAUGAUAAUUCAGACGAUGAUUCCACCGCCUCUGUUGCUGAGCUCGGCCCUUCUCCUGAUAAGGAAAAAGUCCGUAAAGAAAGUGAUGCGACUAAAGAUAAACAACAUGACAAAGACAUUGAAAAGCCUUGGCUGUCACCAUGCAGUGGCGUUUCAAAUCCCACAUUCAUAAGCCCUUUAAAAUGUCUGGACUUUGAGGAGAAUGAAGAAGAAGGGACUCCCCAAACAAACCGAAUGAGUUCUUCAGUUAAAAAACAUCCAAGAGGGAAAGCCAAGUCGGUGGGUGUAAUACCAGGCACUGUGGAGGAGGUGACAUCUGCUGAUCGCGAGGAAGCUGGCGAAGAAAGGAGAAAGUGGCACACAAAAUCCCAAAGUCCUGUUGCUAAACCACUGGAUCAGUCGGAUGACGAGCCAGAAAAAGGAAGGCACAAUAUUCAAGUGACAAAAUGUGUGACGGAGACAAGGACUGCUAACUGUCCUGAUGAUGUGAGCUCGUCAGGGUUCCCUGUGGCACCAACCAUUUUAGGACAUGACACUUUAUUUAAUGACCAUUCUUCUUUACAGAAAAGGCGACCGCAACGCAAAGCCGCUCUUUCUGCACUUGCGCGUUCUUUUAGUUUGUCCGAUGAAUCUCAAAAUGUUGCUUCCAGUUCCACUGUUGUAAAGGAUGAUGUGUUUGAGGACUACUUCUCCUCAGCCAAUCACCACAAGAUACCCAAGAAGCCUCUCUUGACCAUUCUGCCCGACAAGCGAGAGCUCCACGUUUCCUUUGAGGUGGAUUCAUUCCAGAAGAAAAGAAAACAAAGAAGAAGUGAAAGUGCUGCUACAGCAACUAACAAUUCCAAGAAGAGGAAAGUGGACGAAAGUGGGGGCAGGUGCAGUCAGCAGGCUGUGGCAAACACAAAGCGUAAAAGUCCUCCACAAAAGGAUGUUAAGGAGUCUCUGCCCGCAUUGGAUCCUCCAAAUGCCACACCGGCUACUAAACAAAGACGGCAGAGCACUUUACCAUUUGUUAGAACCAGUGGAGGUGCAGCAAAAAGGGUGUCUGCCUCGGUUGAGUCGCCCAAGCUAAUGGAGGCGAAGACAUCCUUGGAGCUGCAGAAUCACUCUUGUCAAUUAUCUUGCACUUUUCAAAGCAGAGGAAGUGAAGAUGAAGCUGCAGCUGUUUUAACAGAGCUUCUUCCCAAUGGAGGCGGGGCGAAACAAAAUAUACACACGCGCUCAAGUCAUCAGAAAAUCAACAAAAUGAAGUCAUUUAGAACACUGGUCAUGACAAGCAUGCCAACUGAGAAGCAGCAUUUGGUGGUUCAGGUGGUGAAAGCACUGGGUGGCUUUUCUAUUACCAAUCGAGUUUGCAAGAGCACAACACACGUGGUUUCUGGGCAGCACAGACGGACUCUCAAUGUUUUGUUGGGCAUUGCUCGUGGCUGCUGGAUCCUCUCUUUUGAAUGGAUUUUAUGGUGUUUGGAGCAAAGGCAGUGGCUUCCAGAGGAACCAUAUGAACUUUCAGAGCUUUUUCCUGCAGCGCAGAUCUGCCGUCUCCAGAGGCAUCUCUCUGCCGGUGUGCAUCAGCUGGACCUGUUCCAGGACCAGCCGACCAUGUUUGUGUCCCAGCAUUCUCAGCCACCCGCUCCCAGUCUGGUCGAACUGAUCCAGCUCUGUGGGGGGACGGUUUGUAAAACAGUGCGUCAGGCAGGGAUCUGCAUCGGGAAGUACAGCGGCAGGAGACCAGAGGGAAGCAGGAUCCUGUCUGAGCAGUGGGUGCUUGACAGCAUCACACAUCUGAAGCAACUUUCCUAUGAUAACUACGACUUGGAGUAAAGACUGCUGAAUAUGGCGAAUAUACAGCUGCACAUUAAUGCUGAUAAGGGUUCUUUCUUUGGAAAUGUUGCAGAGAGUAAACUUAUCUUAUGUUACACAUGGAAAACAAUACAGUCGCAGUAUUUUUAACCUUUGAACUGUCAUUUUUUUUACAUUAUAGGAGAAGCCAGAUUCUCUGACCUUAAAGAAAUGGUAUUUUCAAAAUGGUGACUGAGCCGGUUCACUCAAAUGCAGCUUACAUACUCUCUGACCCUUUUAAUGUCAUCGUUAAUAAAUAGCUUUUCAAAUGUUACGUUUUCUCUUUCCUGUCACAACGGUAUUCAACCAAUGUCACUUAUGCAAAUGGGAAAAAUGUUAUCAAAGUCUGUGUUGUUAUGAUAAGAAACUAGUUGGCAAAAUACAAGGAAGAGGGUUCUUGAACGAGUCAUGUUGUGUUUAUUUGUUAUUAUUGUAGAUCACCAUUUUCAUGGUUAUAUCUAUGAUCUUCUUCCUACUUGUUUUGGACAUAUGGAACUGUGAAUUGAUUUAUGUGAUGUAUUCCAUUAUAACC